CUAACUACAAAAAUACUGUAGAUAUUUAAAAGGGGGAAAAUGCAAAGCAGUUCAUUUUUCUUAUUUUUGUGUAUUACAGGAUUCCAGAUUUCGCAUGAGUAUGCUUUGGAUAGGAAGACCAAAGGGAAUGCAUUAGAGGAGACAAUAGUUCAAGUGAUUAGAUCAUCGCUUUUGUCAGAUGACAAACGGGAAAGUGUUACAUGUCCAGAAGGAAUGGACUAUGAUGAAGACAAGGAAAAGUGUAAAUGUCUUAGUGAAGACUCUACAUACAACGAAGACAAAAAGAAAUGCCAGUGCAAUGAUGGUUUUCAAGAAUUAACCGCAAUAGAUAAUCGUAUAUUCUGUUAUAAACACUACGACGAUGCUUUUGGCCUACCUGGAUUGGGUGGAUUGGUAACCAAAGAUAAACGCCAUUCUCAGCCAUAG